AUGGAAUAUUCGGAGGAGAAAUCAUCUUAUAGAACCAUCUUUUGGGAUACACCGGGUAUCGAAUCUUGGCACGAACUUGAUGUACGUCGUCACAUAACUUCAUUGAUUGAACAUACUCAUCCGAUUUGUAUGAUUUAUUGCGCAUCACCAGGUUCAUUUGCUAAAUUAGAACAAGUCAAGUGGUUACUGUUGGAAUGCCAUCGUCAAAAUAUAUUUAGUGCUGUUGUCUGUACGAAUAUGUGGGCUGGCCGAAAUCGUCGAGAACUUGUAAAUGAAUUAUGUGAAAUUAUUCAAAGUGUUCAUCCAACUAUAGAACCACGAGAAGAAGACGGUGUUAUAUAUUUUGAUCGAGUUACUCUGUGUAUGAUGGUCAAUAGUGAGACGUAUAUUGAUGAAGAAUUUGAUCUUACAAAAUCUCCAUCUGGUAUCAACGAACUUAUCUUUGGUAUAGCUAAAUCUCUUGGACGAGAAAAAAUGUUUCAAUGGUUUCGAACUGUUUCUCAAAACAGAUCGUUCUGAGCCUGUCAUCAUCCAUCUUAG